UGUCACAAAGACGAGAGUAAUGGAAUGGCAUAGCACCCCCAGGGUGCCUGCGGCCCGGCGCCUCGCGCGAACGGCCAUUGCAGCAAGAGCAGAGCAAUUUCGUUGCAGCAACCCUCGCCCCCCGCACCUUGCGCUGCCCCAACGCAGAGCCCCCAAGCUGACCGCCAGGUCUGCCAGCCAUACGCGCUUGACCCCUACCCCGGCCGCCGUGGCCGCAACCGCGCGCGCUCAGCUGUAGCCCCGCAACCCGCGGCCGCGCACGCCGCUUCCAUGCGCAAAUGGCGCAGCCUUUUCUCGCCAACCGAAUCCGAACGCCGUCGGUUAGCUCCGCGAGCGGGAACGGGGGCGGAGGCCCUAAAUUUACCCUCCGGAGCACGAGGUUUCCGGGGCCCAGCGAGGACGGCAGCCUCCACCGUCCCCGCGGGGGCGCACCCGUGCUAUUCGCGGUUCGACUCCACGGCCAUUUUUCUCUUCUCCCCGCCCUCCUCCCAUCUCUCCGUCUCGCGCCAAGUUAAGCGCCUCUGGACCAAGGGUGGGGGGGUUGGGGGUUGGAAGAACCUGAAGGCGGAGCAGUUGAUGAAGUUGCCCUGCAAUGGGGAAAUUUAAGGUUCGGCUCCUUCUUCACCCUGUCUCCGUCAGGUAUGGACGGUUUCGUUCGAUUUCUACAGUUAUCGAAUUAUAUGACGAUGGGGGUUGGAGGAGGAGGAACGCUGCUAACUUUGCAGCUUGUGCAUGCGUUGGGUUCCUCAUGGAUUAGAGCUCCAAUCUUCGUGGUGAUACUAUGGAGAUGGAAUUCGUGUAGCUUAAACUAUAUUUUACGACCUUAUUUAUUCAAUGUGGCUGAAUAUAUGCUGACAAUAGAGAGCAUCCUGCCUGCCCCUGCCAUACCAAAACCAGACGUGUUGGCUCAUUUACUAAAAACUACACAUAAUGUCUUUAGGCUGUCGAAAUCAGUGGUAGAUGCACUUAUGCUAUUUUGUAGAAAUAUAUGGAGUUUGCAUGUUACAAUUCAGAAUCUAGCUUUCUCUACGUAUUUGAACGCAAACAACUCGCAUCCGAGUUUAGCUCUUCGGUCCAUGAAAUAUGCUGUCAUUGCUCCAUUUUUAGCUGGCCCAACUGGCAAAAAUCAGUUUUUAGACACAAAAGCACCUUGAUGGAAUCCGUACCAACAAGGUUGCUGGAGUUUCCAUCUUACAAUUUCGAUUGCAUAACUGCAGAGAUUAGACAUCCUUUUUCUUCUUCUCUUGUUAAAUUGGUUUGAUUUAUUAUUUUCUAAUCUUGUGCUAAUUGUGGGUGAAUCAGAAGGCCAUAGAACUUUUGCCACCUUCUUUUUCUGGUGCUAUUUUUCAUGUUGUUAAGGUUACAUACUGCAUACUUAAUUGAUGACAUGCUUUUCUUUCAGGUUAUGUGAUCAAUGCCAUUUAUGUAAGCUAUAGGCAUCAGUUCAAGUAGAACUUGAUAUUUAUUUUGCAUUUAAGUUAGUUAUACUGACUCAUGAUGAAAUUUGACUAAAAGGACGCCAUGGAGAGGGUUGAGGUUGACGCGGACUUUGUUGUUGCUGGCAAUUGGAAGCUACAUGGUGAACUAUGUAAGAAACUUUACACUGUAGUUCAUGAAGUUUCAAUUGCCAUCCCUGCCCUUGAGAGUACAAAACCUGGAAGUAAUUCUGGACUUCUGGCGUUGAGCUCCUUGCGCAUAGCUGUUGAUAAAGCCAAGAAUCUACUUCAGUAUUGCUCAGAGUGUAGCAAGCUUUACUUGGCCCUAACAGCAGAAUGUGUUCUUACAAAAUUUGAGAAAGCAAGACGCGCUCUUUUAGAAAGUCUUCACCAGUUGGAAGAAACACUUCCAGAAGCAAUUAAUUCUCAGAUCCCAGAGAUUGCAAAUGAGCUGGAGAAUUCAGUUUUUGCUUUGGAUCAGGCUGAAAAGCAAGUUGGUGAUCAAGUGAAACAGAUAAUUCAGAAUGAGAAGAAAUCCAAUGGAUUCCUUGAUGAAAAUGAACUUGAAUUCUUUCGGCAAACUAUUUUGAGAGCUGGCAUUACAUCAUCUGCUGCGGCUCUUACUGAGAGAAGAGCAAUUAGAAGACUUCUUGAAAGAGCCCAGGCAGAAGAAGACACGAAGAAAGAAUCAAUAGCAUCCUAUCUGCUGCAUCUUAUGAGGAAAUAUUCAAGUCAUUUCAGGAGCGAAACAAUGGAUUCCGUCAACUCCCAGUCCUCAAGUCCUUCGUGCUCCUUCACUUCAAUAUCCAGCUCAAUUGAUCUCCAAGGAAAUCUCCCUUCUCUCGAGAAGCUCCUGCCUAGGUCUGGCUCCAUCAAUUUCAAGCAGAUUAAAGGGCUAUCAGGGAGCAUGCCAUUGCCACCUGAGGAACUAAGGUGUCCAAUCUCUCUGCAGCUCAUGUAUGACCCUGUUGUUAUCGCAUCUGGUCAGACCUACGAGCGGGCUUGCAUCGAGAAAUGGUUUAACAGUGGGAAUACAACCUGCCCCAAAACUCGGAAAGAGUUACCCCAGCUUUCCGUGACACCUAAUUACUGCAUCAAGGGUCUGAUAACAUCCUGGUGUGAACAAAAUGGGGUUCCAGUUCCCUCCGCCCCUCCAGAAUCUCCAAAGCUCAAAUAUUUGAGGAUAACAUCUCUAAAGAGUAGCAAAUGCGUGGUGACGAAUGGUGUUAGCACGAUUUUGUUCGAAGACGCAGGCGCAAAAGACGCAAAAGACGACAAGUUGAACACCGAUGUUGCUUUGGAGAAGUGCUCUAGCCAUAAUUCCAGGGAGGCGACAUCUGAGACAUGCGAAGAAGAAGAGGAGGUCUCUGUGGAGAAGUGCUCUUUUCAGAAUAACCCUGUAGAGGCUGCACCCGAGAGAUGUGAACGCUGGCUGUGUGUGCUAAGCAAGGGUGGUGAGUGCAUCGAUGAGCAGCGUGAGGUGGUCGAGCAGGUCAGGUUCCAGCUGAAGGGUGAUGAUGAGCUCAGGGACUAUGUGGGUGCUAAUGGUAUUACCGAGCCACUCACCUGCUUCCUGAAGAUGGCUCUCAGCAGAGAAGACGUGCAAUCUCAGGAGGUCGGAACAAUGGCUCUUUUCAAUCUUGCUGUCAGCAAUAACAGGAACAAGCGGCAGCUGCUCUCAGCUGGAGUUAUCCCUCUGAUGGAGCAGAUGAUGCAGAAACCGGAGACCUGCGAGGCUGCGGUGGCGAUGUACCUCAACCUGUCUUGCCUGGAGGAGGCGCAGGCCAUCAUCGGCUCGAGCGAAGUCAUCCCUGUCCUGAUCAGGUGCCUGCAAGAAGAAGGGUACCGGAGCGACACGUGCCGGCUGGACGCGCUCCUGACGCUGUACAACCUGUCCCUGCACGCGCCCAACAUCCCGGCGCUCCUCUCGUCGGGCGUGGUCCACAGCAUCCACACCGUCCUGGCGCCGUCGUCGCCGUGGACGGACCAGGCCCUGACCUUGCUGAUCAACCUGGCGCUGAGCUGGCCCGGGAAGAAGGAGAUCGCGGCGAACCAGGCCAUCGUGGGCGACAUCGUGUUCAUCCUGGACAACGGCGAGGCGGCGGAGCAGGAGAAGGCGGUGUCGUGCCUGUGGAUGAUCUGCAACGGCGACGAGGGGUGCAGCCAGACGGUGCUGCAGGAGGGCGUGAUCCCGGCGCUGGUCUCGCUGACGGCGAACGGCACGGGCAAGGCCAAGGACAAGGCGCAGAGGCUGCUCCGGCUGUUCCGGGAGCAGCGGCAGCGCGAGCUGGAGCAGCAGCAGCCGCGGGUGGAGCUGCUCGAGGUGGCCAGCCAGGCCGCCGCGCAGCAGGAACAGGAGGAGGAGGAGCAGCAGCAGCAGCAACAGCAGGAGGAUGCCGCUGCGGGGAAGACGGCGGCGUCCGAGCAGAGCGGCGAGGGCAAGAAGCCGCCGGCGCGGCUGAGCAGGUCCAAGUCCAAGCGGCUGGCCAGGGCCAUCACCUGCCUCAUCAAGAAGUGGACGACGCCAGGCGGCGGCGGCGGCGACAAGUGUAAACUGUAACCCUGUAGAAUGUGUGGUGGUACUGUACCGUCACAUUCACCAAAAAUGUGUGCGCUCGUGAAGCUCCAUGUGUAAAAUACAACUAGCGAAAUCGUACGGACGUUCAACUGCGACUGGGAGAAGAGAAGAGCUUCUUCUCCCGUCCGAGUAAAAUAAUUUUUAGUACGUGCUCC